AUGGGCUUUAAGCGCUCAGAGAUCCCACAUGCAGUGCAUGAUGGCACCACGGCAACUGAACUGCCCCCGUCCGGCCCCGGAUAUAAAGUCUACAAACGGCGGUUCUGGGGCCUAGCGCAGUUGGUGCUCUUGAAUAUUGUAGUCAGUUGGGAUUGGUUGACCUUCUCCGCCGUUUCAACGACUGCCGCGGAGUAUUAUGACGUCUCUGAGAGCGCGAUUAAUUGGUUGAGCACAGGUUAUCUGUUUGCGUUUUGUGUCGCAAGUCCGGUCGUCAUCUUCACACUCAACAAGGGAGGUCCCAAGCCGGCCAUCAUAGUCACCUCGACUCUUCUCCUCGUGGGCAAUUGGAUUCGGUAUGCUGGAGCGAAAGCACAAGGCGGGAUCUUUGGCGUCACCAUGUUCGGUCAGAUCCUCAUCGGCCUCGCCCAACCUUUCUGUCUCAGUGCUCCAACAAGAUAUAGCGACCUGUGGUUCACAGAUCGCGGACGAACUAGUGCAACAGCUGUCGCAACUCUGGCAAACCCACUAGGCGCUGCCCUGGGGCAAUUGAUCAACUCAUUUUGGGCCGAGGAACCGCACCAGGUGCCAGGUAUGGUCUUGUACCUAGCAAUCAUGGCAACAGUUGCGUCCAUCCCCUCGUUCUUCAUCCCCGCCACACCCCCAACACCACCCAGCGCAUCCUCGGCGACCACCAAGACACCCCUCCUCCCAGCCGUCUCGCAGAUGCUCAAAACGCUCGAGUUCUGGCUCAUCCUCAUCCCGUUUGGGGUCUACGUCGGCUUUUUCAACAGCGUCUCCUCCCUCCUCAACCAAAUCCUAUCCCCGCACGGCUUCUCCGAAACCGACGCCGGCAUCGCCGGAGGGAUCCUCAUCGUCGUUGGGCUCAUCUCCUCUGCCAUCCUCUCCCCACUCACAGACAAAUACAAGCACUACCUCGGUACCAUCCGUAUCCUCGUCCCCAUUGUCGCAAUCUCUUACAUCGCCCUGGUCUUCGCCCCGCCGAGUUCUGCAGGCAUUGCCCCGUCCUACGUCAUCAUGGCCAUCCUCGGCGCCUCAUCCUUUGGUCUGCUCCCCGUUGUCCUUGAGUACCUUGUUGAAAUCACCCAUCCCUUCUCGCCAGAAAUCGGAAGCACCAUCUGCUGGACAGCGGGGCAGUUGCUCGGCGCCGUCUUCAUCCUCGUCCAGGAUGCACUCAAGGCGAACUCGCGCGCUAACCCACCGUUGAGUAUGCGCAACGCACUCAUCUUCUCUGCUGUCGUUGCGUGCGUGGCCGCGCCAUUCCCGCUUUGUAUCGGGCUAUUCGGUCGUGAUGUUAGGAGGAGACGUCUGGAUCUCGACAGAGGUGUGAACCUAGAUGAAGUACAGGAGGAACGCAUUGAGAACGUCGACAUAACAGGUACGGGCACUGAUUCGCGAAGGCUUCGAUUUGGGUCCCGCUUCAAGCUUCCGUGA